AUGGCUAGGAAGAAAGUGACCCCUGAGAACAAUUCACCCAUUGCCGCUGGGCCUUCCACCGAGGCCUUGCCCACAACUCCGAUGACUGAGGGCAAUAAAGGCCCAGCCGUAUACUUUCAACUGGCAGAUGGGUCAAGCAAGACCAAGAGAAGAUUGAAGCACGAUGUAUCAUUCGAUUCCGUCCUAUCGAAAACACUCAGCAAAUUAGUACCCGAUGUUGAUUCACAACAAAUCAGGUUAUCUCAUGUACGAGCGAAUGGUAGAGAGGUGGAUCUCAUAGAUGAUUACGAUUAUGUCUCCUUCCAGCGUAGAGCUCUCGAUAAUCCCUCGCAAACCCAAACGAUCAAAGUAUAUAUACCUGGAUCGUCCGCUCAGAAUCUAAUCGCAUCAUCCAUCUCGAUACCUGAACAUCCUCAAACUCCCUCACCUGCCGGGUCAGUGAAUAACAGCGUCAAUAUAUUUGAAACUCCGAAAGGGCAACCUAAGAGAGACAGGAAGGGGAAGCAGAAGGCUGAUGCUACAAUCAGCCAGUCAGAAGUCCCUGAAGACACACAACAGUCUCAAUCAGCCACUACACCUGCUCGCGGUCAUGUGGAAGUACCGAAAUCAUCCAAGAAACGGGAACGGAAAACGUCAGAACCUAUAAAACUCCGCACAUCAUCGUCCUCAUUCGACUCUCCAUCAGCUGCAGAUCAUCCUCCAUCGUUGACCAAAGAUAGUAUAUCAACUUCACCGACGAAGAACUCUCUUGCUUCGCCAAAGAAAAGCAAGAAGCGUAAGAGAUUAUCGGAAGUACCCCCCGAUUUCCGGAUCCCACUUGUACUUCCUGCGCCUUCUACCUCCUCUCCAGCCGAAGAUACAUCUUCUUCACGAGAACGAAGGUCAAAAAGUCCUGAGAAGAAGAAGAGGCGGAAAAGCAAAAAGGAUCAGGAUGAUACCCCUGUUGAAUCGCCACUCGUCGUCCAGCCUUCAUCCGCUCUCCAGAUUCAGUUGUCAUCAGCCAGUCCAUCGGUACCUCCUUAUUUGAAGCUGAACAAAUACAAGCCUGCUACGCCUAGUCCAUUGGGGCGCAUGCCCAGUCCCUCAGUAGAUGGUGAGGCUGAAGAAGAUUUUCAUGAUGGCUCACCUGACGUAAGGAUUUCCGAGGAGCUCCCAAAAUCACCUAUAAAAGGGAAGAAGAAGAGAAAGAACCAAGAGAAGGAUAAGGUGAAGAACCAGCUAGAGGAACACGUUGAAAACGCAGAAACUCAUACAUUAGUCGAGGAAUCAGGUGAAUCACAGGAUAGGGGCGAGGAAAGGGAGGAGAUCCAAGUAGAUGGAACGGCUGCAAAGGAAAAACCGAAAAAGAGAAGUAAGAAGGCGAAGAAGAAGGAUCCGGUUGUUGAGACUGCAUCGGAAGUCCAGGAACCUCAAGCUGAGCCACAAGUGGAAGCCAUCGAGACUGUCGAUACACCAACACAAUCGAAGAAAGCGAAAGAGAGGGCCAUUUUCAAAGCGAAACAGCAAGAAGUCCGAGAUGCCCCUGAGACUGAGGUAGAGACGGUGGAAAACGUACCGCAAGUGACUGAGGAGGUGAUGGAAGUGGAUCAAGAGGAACCAGCAUCUCCUAAAGUAGUCACAGCUACGUCCAGAAAGAUCAACUCCAAGGUCAAAUCAGCAGCCCCAAAAGUCCGCAAGGUCAUCCCUCUUUCCUCACCUUAUAUCCUUUACGUACGACCCAACCAUCCUCUACCUUAUAUCACUUCGAAAUACAAUUCAUCUACAAUCGAUCGAAACCCUCUUAAGACCUAUGGGAAAUCUGUGAAACCGAUUUAUCCACCCACUGAAGACGUUGAGAAGAGCGACGAUGACGCUAUAUCGUUGGAAGAGGAGGAGUUGCCGAAAUCACCAGAACCACCAAAGAGGGCGGAAGUGGCCCAGAAGAAGAAGAGGAAGUCCGCUCCAGCAGAUGAACAGAAUGAGAAGCAUAGGGAGACGGCGGGAACCGGUUCAUCCCCACUCUCCUCCAAGCAGCUACAUUCGCCGCACUCCACUACUUCGACCACCGAAUUGUCGAAACAUGGGAGACAUAUUCCAUCCGAACAUCACUUGAAUGUGGACGCCCGCGGACAUUGUCUCAUCUGCCUUGGCGAUCCACACCUGCAAAUCAAUUGUCCAGCUGUCGCAAAAGGUCUUGAUCAUCUUAGAGACCUGUUUGAGGAGAGGAAGAAGGACAAAAACAGUCCUCUGUAUGAUAACACCAUGGAGGCAUUCGAUAUAUGGUUCAAUCGCGCCGAUAAGAUUGCUAGCAGUAUCACCGGUGUCAAAUCCCCUUCGGUUCAUUCUAUAACGAACGGGCACGAAGGCACCUCUAGUUCAACCCCUGACCAACCUUUGACUUUAAGCCCUAACCGGAAAUCAACUUUGUCAAAAAAAGGAGUAGUCAUCUCGUCAACCUCUGCAGUCCAAACUGUGGCCAGGUCUCCUCCACCGCCGAUGGUAAACCUUGAAUCUGAACAACAGGAGGCCGCCGGCCCGGAAGCUGAACCAAGAUCAGCACCUUCAACUCCAUCAGAGGAGGUCUCGGACCCAGAAUUGCCAGCAUCACCAUUAUCCCCAACACCAGGACCAGCAGUGGCUCCAGUACGCCCCUCCCAGCAAUCUCAAUCUGCUCAAUCACCUUCAAGAGAGCACAGUGCACCUCCAAUAUACCUCAAGGCUCUCGCCACCAAAGCAGGUUCGGUAUCUGGUCUUAGCGUAUCUGAUGCUGUAAUCGAGACUGGCAGCUCGGAGUCGGAAAGUGAUAGUGACAAUGGUUCUGGCUCUGGUUCAGAUGAAGACUCAGAUGCCGAAAGUAAUAGCUUGAGAGGCUCAGAAUCAUCAAAUAAACGCAGUCAGAGAGGGAGCCGAUCCUGCUCUCCUGCUUCGAUCGCUCGGUCUCCUUCUCCCUCCUUGAUGCAAGACUCCGGCUCCCUUGCUACACCUUCACUAAACGAUUUCUUGUCGAUGCCACUAUCCCAGAAGCUCAAGCAGCGAGCUCGAGCAUCCGCUGCCGGAAUGAUGCAGGUUGAGCUGGAUGAGGAAAUUCAAGAUGAAUCGGACAACGAAUCGAGUCCCGAACGUCAACUGCCUCCUGCAUCCUUUGCUGGCCGAGCACGAAGAGGAUCAGAAAGCUCGGUAGGAGAGUUCGCCGAUGAGAAGUCUGAUGAAGACGCAGAUAUGGAAGAAGAUGAGGUGUUUCCUUUUACCCAGUCAGUCCCUGUACAGCCCAUUCAGAAAGAACAGGCAGACACAAUCGAAACUGCGCCGGAAGAAACGAGAAAAUCGGAUUCACCACCUCCUUCGGAUCAAUCUAAACGCUCUUUCACCGAUCUUGCGGACGUAUCUAGCCCUACACCUAUCGUAGCCGAAUUUCCCGGGUCAAUAGCCCUACAAGAAGCUAUCGAUGAGGAUGAUGCUCAGGAAAGAGGGAUGGAUGUCAAUACAUCAGCUAGACCAGAAGAAUCGAAGACAGGACAUAUCAUAUCUCAAGGUCUCAUGUCUCCCCCUUCCUCCACAGGUGAAGACUUACCGGAGGAGCCGUCCGAACCUAUGCCAGCUACUCAAAUCGUCAAUGGCGAUACUCAAGAUGAUCAAGCCACUCCUAAACCACUCAAUAGGCGUGUUACCCGUGGUAAAGCGAGAGACGAAGCUGAGCUUGCUCCUCCCAUCGACAUCCGCCUCUCUUCCUCUCAACCUGCAGCCACGACAACCGGUAGGCGGCUUCGUUCUAUGUCUCGAGAGCUGAGCGCCGAACCCGUGUCGCCUCGAAGGACCACUCGACGAGUCUCAUCAUCACAGCCUGAACCAGCUAGCCGAAUGAAAUCAACAUCACCUCCUUCCAUUCUUCCCGCCCGACGAAACUCAAAACGAACCACACCUUCCUCUCAGAUUGACGAGCUAGCUUCAUCUCCUGCGGUACCCCUUAGACGAAGCUCAAGGAGGGCCUCAACACCACUCAGAUCAUCUCAACCUGAUCAACUGGAAUCUUCACCUCCAAAUGUGAUGAGAACUCCAGCUCCGAUAGCCGAAGAAGAUGAAUCCGAAGUAGACGAGUCGGAACCACAGCAAACCCCCGAAGAAUUGAAAACUCCCCUCGUCCCGGAAACACAAGAAAGUCUUCCUCGUCAUGGCUUACGAACUAAACCUUCACCUCUGUUCAUGUCCCAGGGAUCUCAGAUCCCUCAGACUCAAGCUUACAACAUCUACCCUAAUCUGCCUUCGUCCGAUGCUGGCGCAAGUAUCGAUGAGACCCCCAAAGGAAGAACGAACGAAAUUGUAGAAUCGCCGCAGUCUUCGAGGAAGACCAACAAAUUGGGGCGGAAGGCCAAUUUGAGGUUCACUAGUCCUAUCGUUGAAGAUAUACAUGAGGAGGAAGACGCAGACCGAGCUGAUCAAGUGAAAGAUUCACAAUCUCUAGAUGAAUUCGAUCACGACUCAGACAAGGACGAGAAUGGGAAUGGUGAACCCGCUUUAUCUGAAGGAGCAGCAUCGGAAUCGGAAUCGGAAUCGGAAGACGAGAUUCCUCCUGUACCACUUCCGAAAUUACGAUCGUCCAGAUCCACACCGUCUUUGUACCCUGGUUUACCUAAACCCAAAGCGCUGUCAUCGUCUCAGCCACAGCCGACCGCUCCUAUCCCAAGCGCCUUCCCUGCUUUAUCAGCACUGUCCAAAGACUUCAUUACUCGAAGGGCAUCUUUCGGUGUCGGAGCUGGAUCACAGCACAAGACAGCUCACUCCAGGAUGAGUCUCCCUGCGAACGGUUUCUCGAAAUCUCAGCCUAAUCCCAAGAGCGAUGAUGAGAGUGACAGUGUUUCAGGAUCAGACUCCGACUCGAGUGAAGAAGAGAAAACACCCGCAGGUUUGAAGGGAAGAUUCGCAAAGGGUGGUAGAGAGAAGAAGAGGGUAUCGGCGAGUCAACCUAACAUUGGGUGGUGA